CCCGUCCCCAAUACAUGUUUCAUUUUCAAAUAGUAUUAUCAACCGCACAAUGGCCCAUCUAGCCCUGCCACCCGCACUAGCCGAAGUAGCCGCCCUCGACUUCUCAUCAACAUCCCACGGCUGCGACUUCGAACCCUACACCAAGUUCGAAUCCCCCGAGGAAACCACAGCCUGGUUCCGUCUCUACACCGGCAACGACGCCGCAGACGGUAGCCAAUUCCGCAUCUUCGGCACCACAGGCGCAGGCGACUACAUUGGGUUCUGGCUCGUGCAACCCGAGCCUGAGAUGCCAGUCACCGCGCAGCCUGUCGUCUACUUUGGAUCCGAGGGGGAGCUCAGCGUGAUUGCUCGAGAUCUUGGGGAUUUUCUCUGGAUGCUUGCCAAUGGGUCGGGCCCGACUGAGGCGCUUGAAGAGCCGGGUAGGGUGACGGAGCCGAAUGAAGCGUUUUGUGCUGUUGCGGAGAAGUAUGCGCCUGGUGGGGGAAGGGCCACGGCGGAGAUUCUGGCUAUGGCCAAGAAGGAGUAUCCAGGAUUUGCGCGAUAUGUUGAGGAGUUGUGUCGGUGAGAAAGGGCUUAUAUAUUGGGGUGGAUAUGGAUUUUUAUCUUUACCGUACUCCCAACUGGAUAUACUAGGAAUUUGUGUUAGCUAUGAACUGUGUCUUUUUUUACAGAGACUGUGUUAAUUUGGUCUAAGUGGGUCAGAACUGGUACCGUGUUUGCUUUACAUUCACC